AAAGUCCAGGGGAGGAGGCUGCCGUUGCCCCGGCAACAACCUGGGAGGCAGGAGGCGGGCGCGGUCUUGGAGAGAUCUGCGCCUCAGCUCUCUCGCUGCCAGGAAGGUCCUAGGAGAGGCGUGAGCCAGACCUGGGAAGUCAGCGCCUGCGGAGAGAGGGACAGCUCAGGCCCAUGAACUCCAAUCCCCGCAAGCGCUCUUGCCUCUCCUAACCGUUAAGUACGCUGAGGGCAAUGGCUGAGGUGCACGUGAUCGGACAGAUCAUGGGGGCCACCGGUUUCUCGGAAAGUAGCCUGUUCUGCAAGUGGGGCAUCCACACAGGGGCAGCAUGGAAGCUCCUGUCAGGCGUGCGGGAGGGCCAAACACAGGUGGACACUCCCCAGAUAGGGGACAUGGCCUACUGGUCCCACCCCAUCGACCUGCACUUCGCCACCAAAGGCCUUCAAGGCUGGCCCCGGCUCCACCUCCAGGUGUGGUCCCAGGACAGCUUCGGCCGCUGCCAGCUUGCAGGCUAUGGCUUUUGCCAUGUGCCCAGCAGUCCAGGCACCCACCAGCUGGACUGCCCCACGUGGCGGCCCCUGGGCAGCUGGCGAGAGCAGCUGGCGAGGGCCUUCGUGGGUGGCGGCCCUCAGCUGCUGCACGGAGAUGCCAUCUACAGCGGGGCUGACCGCUAUCGCCUGCACACCACCUCCGGUGGUACCGUGCACCUUGAGCUGAGCCUGCUGCUGCGCCACUUCGAUCGCUAUGGGGUUGAAUGCUGAAGGAGCCUGUACGGAUGACUGGCCCCCAGCCAUGUCUUGGGACACCUCAUAAGGGGCAGGAUGCUGCAGUAGUCAGAAGUGUGGGCUUUGGAGACUGUCAGACCUGACCCCAGCCAAAGCUGGUACGGCUUCUAUCCUGACUAGCACCUCAAGCCCAGUGGCUGCCCCUCCCAGGUCCAGUUUCCCCAUCUGUAAAAUGGGGGCAGUAGGUGUGUGGGCUCACGGGGGUUGGGUGCAGAGAAGCUGCAGACACAUGGAGGGGCUCAAUAAAGGUGUGUUUUUCAA